GUGGGCGUUUUGUGUCUGUGUUUAACUAUUUUAAAUCGCUGUUUUAUAGCAAAUGUAGGCAGUUUGUUGCACAUAAUACAGUUAUGAAACCGCUGAGGAACGGUAACGUAAUUCACGAUGAGCCUCCACGUAAAAGAUUUCAAGAGGAUUUUGAAUCGACGCCGCUGUAUAUUGCAGUAGUAACUUACAUAAACUAUGGCAUAAUGAUCGUCUUUGGAUUUUUAAGAGAUUUUCUAAGAAGACACGGAUUCGAAAAGACACACGCAUCAACAGAAGCAAAUGAUAUGAAAGAUUUUGUCCCACUCUAUGCAAGUUUUGAAAGUUUUUAUACAAGGAAUAUUUACAACAGAAUACAAGACGUGUUUAAUCGUCCAAUUUGCAGUGUACCAGGUCCUGUGAUUGACAUAGUAGAAAGACAGUUCUCUAAGUCAGGAUGGAUGUUUAAAUACACUGGAAAAGUUUUGAAAAAUGUGGUGAAUCUCGGUUCCUAUAAUUACUUAGGCUUUGCUGAAAAUGAUGGUCCAUGUGCUGAAGCUUCAAUCGAGUCAAUUGAAAAGUAUGGUGUGGGGGUGUGCAGCUCAAGAAAAGAGAUGGGUAACUUAGAUAUUCAUGUUAAAUUAGAGCAAAAGAUGGCGGAAUAUUUAGACGUGGAGGCAUGUCUUACAUUUGGGAUGGGUUUCGCUACAAAUUCAAUGAAUAUUCCCUGUCUUGUGUCUAAGGGUUGCCUCAUUAUAAGCGAUGGUUUGAAUCAUGCUUCACUUGUGCUUGGAUGUCGACUAUCCGGGGCACAAAUCCGAGUUUUUAAACACAACGAUAUGAAAGAUUUGGAGAGCAAACUUAGAGAUGCAGUUGUAUAUGGCCAGCCACGCACCCAUAGGCCCUGGAAGAAGAUAUUGAUUAUUGUUGAAGGAGUUUACAGCAUGGAAGGAUCUAUUGUGAACCUACCUGGCAUACUAGAGCUGAAAAAGAAAUACAAAGCAUAUGUGUUUCUGGAUGAAGCUCACAGCAUUGGAGCCUUAGGUUCAAGGGGUAGAGGGGUUACUGAAUACUUUGGAAUCCACCCCAGAGAAGUGGAUAUUAUGAUGGGAACCUUUACAAAGAGUUUCGGGGCAGCAGGAGGGUAUAUUGCCGGAUCCCGAGCACUUGUAGAGCACCUUAGAUACCACUCACAUUCUGCAUGUUAUGCAACCUCCAUGUCACCUCCUGUUUGCGAGCAGAUCAUAACAAGUCUGCACAUUAUUUCCUCCACUGAUGAAGGUAAAAGAAGAAUCAAACAACUCGCUGACAACUGCAGAAUGUUCCGGCAAGGUCUUAAGAAGUUGGGCAACAUUGUUUAUGGCAACGAUGAUUCUCCCGUGGUUCCUGCAAUGAUCUACGCUCCUACAAAGCUGGGAGCUUUUAGUCGUGAAAUGUUGAAACGUGGGUUUGGAGUUGUAGUGGUAGGGUUCCCUGCCACCCCUAUAGCAGAGUCUCGGGUUCGAUUUUGCAUUUCUGCUGCUUUGACUGAACAACAACUACAAGAUGCAUUGGAUGCUAUAAGUGAUAUAAGUGACCUGCUGCAGAUGAAAUACUCCAAGAAGAAAAUUGCCUAAAUAUAUACCAGUUUGUACAUGAAACCCGUUAGUUUAAAAUAACUUCUAUUGCAUAUUGAACUGUAAGCCAAACAAAUUCAAUGAGCGGCAAUUAAGAUAACAAAUCAUUAGUACCGAGCCGCAAGUGUAUUUAGAAAUUGAUAUUUUACCAUUACUUUCCGAAACAAAAUUUAUUUACUUGAUUAUGUUCCUACUUUAUC